CUAAAACAAUCCUCUAUCAAAAAUUCACCCAAAUCUGUGCUAAAUAAAUACACCAUAUAUUAAAAAAAAAAAACAAAUACACCAUAUAUAUUUUUCUUCGACAGAAUACUCCCAGGCCAGAAGUUUAAGGCUUUAAUUUUCAAAUUAAAGUUACAAAAAGUCCAACCAGUUGGAACUUGGAGGCCUCAUCUCAUCUCAAUGUUUACCCAGAAGAAUCAUAACCAUGUUUUGGGGCAAGAACUCCAAGAAGAUCAUAAACAUGAUAUUCCAGCAUACAAAGAAGUUGUGGCAAAGAGCAAAGAUUUUCUCAUGACAAAUUUUCCAGAUAUUUAUGAUGAGUCCUUACAUGUCCUUGAAAAGCUUGAGGAGAUGAAAAGGCAAAGAAAGGAAAGGAAAAGUCGGGUUGUGCAACGAAGUUUGAGUCUCGGCUCACCCCGAAAGUUUAAGCUUCAAAGAUUUAGAGUAAAGACUCCAAAUGUAAUUCUCGUGACUCGACCGGAGGGUCAAGGUGGUCAAUUUAGCAACCAAACUAAUGGUUCCAAAGACCUUAGUUGAUCUUAAUCAUUAUUUUGGAAAUUAAUAAGUUGCAUAAACUGUACAAUUAUAUUAUAAGUUGUAUAUGUGAACAUUACAUUAUUACCUUCUCUAGUGAGUAGUGAUUUAAUUUUAUUCCAUAUUGUUUCUCGUUUAGCUUUUUUCGGUUUAUCAGAAAUUCGUAAUUGUUAGUCGCUUACCUAGCUCUUUUUUUUUUUGCAUCAAUGUCACUGGGACAACCGGAGAUAUAAUUGAAAUAUGAUGUUUACUUAUUUACAA